AUGAAGCUCUCAGCUCAAGCUCUCGCCGCUCUCUUGGCUCUGAGCCCGGUACUCGCAAAGCCAAUCGACCUUGGCGUGGGCGUUGGCGCCAAACUAGACGGUACUGCCGCUCCUCCUCCCAGCGCACCAUUCCAUGGACCACCUGGCAGGCGUGAUGACCACGUGCUACCACUAAAGCGUCCUCAAGGCCCACCAAAACAUGCACCAGCUCCUCGAGAUGUCGAGGUCGUUCCACCACCGCGGGGACCACCGAAGCCCGACCAUCCUCACGCCAGAGAUGUCAAGGACGCUGUUCCGCCUCCGAAAGGCCCAAAGGAACAACCUCCACAGCCCCAUGCAAGAGACACCAAGAAGCCAGAUGAGGAUCCAAGCAAACCACCACCACCACCACCGCAACCUCACGCCAGAGAUGUCAAGGACGCUGUUCCACCUCCGAAAGGCCCAAAGAAACAACCUCCACAGCCCCAUGCAAGAGACAUCAAGAAGCCAGAUGAGGAUCCAAGCAAACCACCGCCACCACCACCGCAACCUCACGCUCGUGACGUGAAGAAGCCUGAGGGUCCGCCAGUUCAGCAGCCUCCGCCACCACAGCCUCACGCCAGAGGCAUCAAGGAGCCACAACCACCAAAGAAGCCUCAGCCUGGUCCCAAGCACCCGCAAGUCAGGGCCGUCCCACCACCACCGCAACCGGAACACGCUCCACUGCCAGCGAACCCACCUCAUGCUAGGGACGUCCCUGGCCCCGAGCCAGCUCCUAAAGAUGGACAGCCUCCAUUCAACGCUCCACCACACGCCAGAGAUGUUCAUGAGCAAAAGCCAAAGCCAGCUCCCAAGGACGAGCAGCCUCCUGUCAAGCCGGUCCACGCAAGAGACUUCGAUGCUCCCAAGCCAGCUCCAAAGGAUGCUCAGCCUCCUGUUCCCCCUCCAGCAAAGCAGAACUAG